CUGUCUGCUCAAUCGGCCAUUUGUCUCUCGUUUGACGUGCAGCAUGUUGCCAACAGCACAACCAGCGCCGGCAAUGGAUUCCUCCGUGAAUACGGAGGUGAAGGUGGAGCCAACGGGGGUCGUCAAGCAGUUCGAGGACCUGAUUGAGACGGUCAUCAGCACCAUUCAAGAGCCGGAAGUCACGGAGGCAGGCGUCGCGGCCGUAAUGGCGAGGCUCCAGGCUUACAGCGACGGGAUAAACCGGCUCGUCGAGACCCUGCCGCCAGAGGCCGCCAACGGCAACGAGAGGGGCGUAGGUGUAGGGCGGGCAGGGGUUUGAUGAAUACUGAAAUUCGGGGUGAGAUUUCACUUGGGGGGG